AUGGAGCGGCUGCGGCGCGGGAAGCGCUUCCACAUCAAGGUGCACCUGGCCGACGAGGCGCUGCUGCUGCCGCUGACCGUGCGGCCGCGCGACACGCUGAGCGACCUGCGCGCGCAGCUCGUGGGCCGCGGCGUGGGCUCGUGGCGGAGGACCUUCUUCUACAACGCGCGGCCGCUGCGCGACCACGACACGGUGCGCGACGCGCGACUGCAGGACGGCUCGGUGCUGCUGCUGCUCAGCGACCCCAGGUAGUUGAGGCUGGACAUGUUGGAGCCAUGGUCCUGGGGACCCCAGGUGCUGACUGAAGGAGCCAGGCUGGCCCAGGGGCCACUUGGGUACCUCAUCUUUUCCCAGGUUCAGAACUCCUAUAUGGACCUAUCCACGCCUGUUGCCUUGGACAUCCCUGACGAAAACUCUGUCCCCGGCCCUAAAACUGACCCAGGAUGUCGCCCUCAUCCAGGCCACCGGCAAGGAGCCAUAACUCUUCUCUGUGUUCUGUGAGACUUUGAGAUGAUCCCUUCUCUCCUGGGGGUGGCACUGUGCCAUGGUGAAAGGGCAGGGCUCUGACACCUUCUGCUGGCCAUGCUGUAUCCCCUGCCCAGAGCACCCAGUGUCACCUGGACUUCGGCCACCUAUGGAAGCCUUUUCAGAAUGACCCCCAGUGAGAGCCCAAAGCCUUCUGCCUGUUGCCAGCUGGGGCUGGGGCGCAGCCAUCUGAGACGCCUAAGCCGACAGGAAGUGGGGACCUGAGACUCAACCCUCUGUGAGUUCUCAAGUGACAGUUCCCAAUGUGUCUCCUCCAGGCACAUACAUGUAUGAACCCCUGUGACAGGUUUUUCUUCUGCCUGGGGCUUCUGGGGAAGUACUGUUUAAAUUAGGAGUCAGGCUGCUGCUCCCCCCUCUAAUUUGGGCUACUAUCCCUGCCACCCUGGAGCUGUGGGGAUCUGAUGGAGGAAGAGGGAGGCUCUCCUGCCUCCUCGCUGACUUUGGGGGUGAGAAAAAGCAUUUUCAAGGCAUUUUGACAUUUAACAAACAGUAUGCAAAUAGGAUGCAAAUUGAAUGCAAAUAACCACCUAUUCCUUAAGCCCCGACAGCCCCAGCAUGUUCAGGAAUGAUAAUGUGGGGCCUGUCCCUCAACAAGGCUGAUGGCCAGGGUGGAUGGUGCCCCUCCUUCCCCUCUCCUCCCACUCCCUGCCUUCCUGUCCCUUCUCCUCCUUCCUUUCCCCACCCCUCCUUUCUUCCUUUCUUCCUUCCUUCCUUCCUUCCUUCCUUCCUUCCUUCCUUCCUUCCUUCCUUCCUUCCUUUCUUUCUUUCUUUCUUUCUUUCUUUCUUUCUUUCUUUCUUUCUUCUCUCUCUUUCAUGUCUCCUCAGUCCAUCUUUGAUUCAAGGCCUGACCUGAAUGUAAACUGGCUUCCAACAGGCCAUUUUCCAGUUGGGAAACUGAGGCCCAGGCAGGCCCAGGUCUGGUCCAAGGUUCCACGGUGAGGAUGUGAAAAGUGUCUACCACCAAGUGUCAUCAGAGACCAAGGUGGGCUGGAGCUGUGAGCCGUGGAGCAGACAUGACAGCUCUGAGGGCCUCCAGCCUGGCGGUGGCUGGGCCAGGCGGACUGUUGAGGGUGGGGAGGGCUUGUGGCCUUGAGCUCUGAGUUCCCACAGCUCAUCGUACUUCCCAGUCCUGGAUUGUCUUCCACUCCAUCAGCAUGUCCCUGGAGCUCUGACCUCAGACCCCCUGGGCUAUUUGCAUGGCCCAUCCUUUUUAUUUGAUGGACUGCUGUCUAACCUUCAAAGCCGCUGCUUCAGUGCCCAUUUCCACACAGCCACUCUGACCUUCCCAGAAGAGUCUCCACUCUCCUGUGGGCUCCUGCUACAUCGGUGUUCAUGGAACAGGGAGGUGUGCGGCUCCUCCCAAGUCAGCCAUCCACUCUGGAGCCCUAAGAUCAUCCAGUCCUGCCCCAAGUACAGAGCAGCUAUUUGGAGGGGAAGGGGUGCCUAAUAAAAAUAGCAAAGAAACCA